UACGAUUAAUUUGAUUUAUAUUUAGCGUCUACAUGAACGUAGGUUUGGCUUGUUGUGUCAACAAUCAUCUGUCAUUUCCAAGGAUAAGGUUAUCUCAGGAUUGUUAUUACCUUGAAAAUUACUAUCUAAGUUUACUGUCAACGUUAAGUUAAUCCAGGAUUAAGAAGUUAGACGGUAGUGUUCAAUGUUGGUGAUUGUAGCGAGUGUAAUAUGUUGCGUGUGCAUAUUGGAAUGGUUUCUAAAUUGUCGACGCCGGGCGAAGGCUUUUUGGAGCAUACCCGGACCUAAAGGAGCAAUUAUUUUUGGAAGUUGUUUACAAGUUGUCGGCACGCCAGUGCAAUUGUUCCGUAAUUUGAGGAAAUGGGCGAGUAUGCACGAGGACAUCUACCGACAGUGGAUCUACCCGUACGGAGUCGUGCACAUCUACAAUCCACACGAUAUUGAAGUCGUCAUCUCUAAUCCGAAAUACAACGAAAAAAGUCUGCUGUAUGAUAAUUUAAGACCAUGGUUAUGCGAUGGCCUUCUUCUCAGUAAAGGAUAUAAAUGGCAAAUGCGCAGGAAGAUAUUAACACCGGCAUUUCAUUUCAAUAUUCUUCGCCAUUUUACCGCGAUAUUAGAAGAAAAUAGCAGCCGUCUCGUUACGAAACUAGAAGAUGAGCUAAAUCACGAACGAUCCGAUGUUAUACCACUUAUGUCGGAUACAACGCUCAAUUCAAUUUGCGAAACAUCAAUGGGGGCUAAACUGGACGAAGACUCGUCAGGUGCAGGCAAGCUCUACAAGAGCGCCAUUCACGAAAUUGGUAAACUGAUCAUCCACAGGAUCGCUAGAAGUUGGCUAGCUUUCGACACCAUAUUCAAUCUCACCAAAGAAGGUAGAAGACAAAAGGAAGUGUUGAAUGUAAUACACAACUUCCCUAAAAGAAUAAUAGAGGACCGAAGAAUGUUUAUUGAAAAACAUGGGUUUAAGGUUCCUACUGAUGAUUUGGACGAAGAAGAUGUGGUUGGCCCUAUAAAACGUAGAAUGGCCAUGUUAGACCUGCUGCUAUCCGCUGAGAAAGAGGGUAUGAUAGAUGUAGAUGGUAUUCAGGAAGAGGUCGACACGUUUAUGUUCGAGGGACACGAUACAACAGCCAUGGGGUUAACUUUCAUACUGAUGGAAUUGGCAAACAACCCGUCAGUGCAGGAUAAAGUGGUGGAAGAGUUGCGUGAAAUAUUCGGACAGUCUUCCCGUCCCGGCAGCAUGCAGGACAUGGGUCAGAUGAAGUACCUCGAGUGCUGUAUCAAGGAGACGCUGCGGCUGUACCCGCCCGUGCCGUUCAUCAGCCGGUAUAUCACUGAUACUGUUACUUUGAGCGGCCACGUGAUCCCGCGCGGCAAGACCCUCUGCCACAUCCACAUCUUCGACCUGCACCGUCGCGCGGACCUCUACCCAGAGCCGCUGGUCUUCAACCCUGAGCGGUUCACCGCCGGCAACUGCGCUAGCAGGCACCCCUACGCGUAUAUACCGUUCAGCGGCGGACCUAGGAAUUGUAUCGGUCAAAGGUUCGCGAUGUUGGAGAUGAAAUCCGCAGUAUCGGCCGUGUUGCGCAGAUACAGGCUGCUGCCCGUCACCACCCCGGACCAGCUGCAGUUCAGUGCCGACCUGGUGCUGCGGACCACACACCCUGUAUAUGUGCGCUUUCAACGACGACACUAUGCAAACCAUGUGAGGACAGUGCGGUGCAUCAAAAUGAUUCAAAUUGUGCUAAUAACGGUGGUGUUGCUAUGUUUAGUGCACUUAGUGUUGAACUACAGCAGGACUGCGCGGAUGCUCGCGAAGAUACCGGGCCCGCCAGGAUUGGCCGUCAUCGGGAACUCUUGGGAAGUCAUAUUGCCUCCAGUUGAGCUUUUCAAGUAUGGGCGGCGGAUGGCGAAAGAAUACCACGGAAUCUGGAGACUGUGGUGCAGUCCCAUCAGUAUCGUCAACAUUUUCAGCCCGGAGGAUAUAGAGAUAAUACUGUCGAACUCCACUUUCAACAAUAAGGGAGUUAUCUACAACUUUCUCAAGCCAUGGCUUGGUGACGGCUUGCUCAUAAGCGGUGGCCCAAAAUGGCUGCAGCGUCGCAAGAUCUUGACUCCGGCGUUCCACUUCAACAUCCUGCGCCACUUCAGCGAGGUUCUUGAGGAGAACAGUCUCAGGCUGGCAGACAAGCUGGAGGCGGCUGGUGACGUCACUGGGGCUGGUGGCGUCACCGCUGAUGUGGUGCCCCUGCUGUCGGAGUACACGCUACACUCCAUCUGUGAAACUGCAAUGGGAACUAAAUUAGACGAUGAACAAAAAGACGAAGGGAGAGUUUACAAAGAAGCCAUACACAAAGUUGGCAAAUUUAUGGUGGAGCGCUUCUCAAAAGUAUACUUAUUUUCGGACAAUAUAUUCAACCUCACUUCCACAGGAAAGCAGUUUCACCAAUCAGUAGAUACUGUACAUAGAUUUACUAAAAGAGUCAUAAAAGAACGAAAGGAGUUUGUAAGAAAGAACGGCAUUAUAAUGAAUGAAAAAGAUGAUCAAGACAAAAACGAUGAAGAGAUUUACAUGUAUAAUCGUAAAAAUAAGGUAGCUAUGUUAGAUUUAUUAAUCACCGCUCAAACAGAUGGAUCAAUUGACGAUAAGGGGAUUCAAGAAGAAGUGGACACGUUCAUGUUUGAAGGGCAUGACACAACGGCUACCGGUUUGGUUUAUCUACUGAUGUCUUUGGCGUGCGAUAAGAUGGUCCAGGACAAAGCGGUAGAAGAAUUAAAGGAAAUAUUUGGUGAUUCCACACGACCGGCCACCAUGCAGGACCUUGGGAAGAUGAAGUACAUCGACUGCUGUAUAAAAGAAUCCCUUCGGUUGUACCCUCCAGUACCUUUUAUCGCCAGAAUAUUGAACGAAGAGGUGGUCUUAAGUGGUUACACGGUUCCAGCUGGUACUCAGUGCAAUAUCCACAUCUACGACCUCCAUCGAAGAGCAGAUUUGUUUGAGAACCCUUCGAAGUUCGAUCCGGACAGAUUCCUGCCCAAGAACAGUGCGGGGAGGCACCCUUACGCGUACAUACCCUUCAGUGCCGGCCCUAGGAACUGUAUUGGUCAAAAAUUCGCCAUGUUGGAAAUGAAAUCAGCCGUGUCGUCGCUUCUGCGAAAGUUCGAGCUUCAGCCAGUGACUCGGCCGGAGGACCUGGAGUUCGUGUCAGACCUCGUCCUGAGGAACAACGGACCCGUCCUUGUUUCCUUUAAAAAAAGAACUGUAAAAAAAUAUGCUGCCGAAAAGGGAAGAGCGAAGCGUCGUGACCUCGAGGAAGACGAAAGCAGCGGCACCGCCGGCGAGACCACGGUAAUGCCCCCAGGCGGCGGCGCGCCCGCCGAGCAUGCGGCGCGUGGCCCUCCCGCGGCGAGCGGCCUCCAUGCCGCGCCCGGCGCGCCCUACGCGCACGAGGAGCACGCGGCGUGCGGGCCCCCUGCGGUGCCCGGCCGCCCCGCCACGCCCGGCGCGUCCUACGAGGACGCAGCGCGCGGUCGCCCCGCCUCGCCUGGCCCGGCUGGCCCGCCCUACGCGUCCUAUGAGCACGCGGAGCGCAGCCCCCCCGCAAAGCCCGGCGCGUCUUCCGAGGACCGAGGACACUCGGCGCGCGGCCUUGACGACGAUGACGACCGCAGCUGCACCGGCGAGAGGAAGUCAAGUGUCGAGUUGUUUCAUCGGGUUAAAAUAAUAAAAUCAAUAAAAACAAAAAAAAAUAUCGAAAUGGUUUUGUUCUACGCUUUAGUGUUUAUUUUAAUUUUGUGCAUUCUUCAUGUUUGGUUUAAUUAUAACAAAAAGGCGCGGCUGAUGCUGAGUAUUCCAGGACCUAAAGGACUCUUCGUCGUGUCCGAUUUAAUGGAGGAUAUGCUACCGCCUGAUGAACUCUUCGACAAAGUAAGAAAAGACGCAAAGAAAUACGAUGGCAUUUACCGGUUUUGGAGUUAUCCUUACGGGGCUGCGAAUAUUUACAACCCUGAAGACAUAGAGAUAAUCUUGUCAAAUUCGAAAUACAAUGAGAAGAGCAUCGUAUAUAAGUUCAUGAAGCCUUGGCUAGGGGAUGGACUAUUGUUGAGUGGGGGCACUAAAUGGCAGCGGCGUCGUAAAAUCCUGACUCCUGCGUUCCACUUCAACAUCCUGCGUCACUUUAGCGAGGUUCUAGAAGAGAACAGCAAGAAAAUGGCAGAGAAACUGGAUAGUGGCGAAGAUGGGAUACUUACCUUAGACAUCGUUCCUUUACUGUCUGAGUUCACUCUCAAUAGUAUAUGCGAAACCUCAAUGGGGACUUGUUUGGACGAAGAAAAGGAGGACGCCGGUAGACUCUACAAGAAGUCUAUUUAUGACGUAGGAAGGAUCAUAAUAACACGCUCAACUAGAAUUCACUUAUUCAACGAUUUCGUAUACUACCGCACUGCGUUAGGUAGAAGCCAAAAAAAACAUCUUGACAUCGUCCACAGCUUUACCAAAAAUGUCAUAAAGGAGAGGAAAAAAUAUAUCAAGGAACAUGAUGUUAAAGUGGCUGAAAUCAUAAAUAAAGAAGACACGGAUGAUGAAGUUUACGCUUUUACGCGUAAAAAUAAAAUAGCUAUGUUAGAUUUGCUGAUAUCUGCAGAAAAAGACGGACUGAUUGAUGACCAAGGAAUUCAGGAAGAAGUAGACACAUUUAUGUUUGAGGGACAUGACACAACAGCUUCCGGAUUGGUGUACUUCCUAAUGCUAUUGGCUAACCACAGAGACAUCCAGAAAAAAGUCAUAGCUGAGCUGGACUCAAUCUUCGGGUCUUCGGACCGACCGGCGAGCAUGGCGGACCUGGCGCGCAUGCGCUAUCUGGACUGCUGCGUGAGGGAGUCGCUGCGGCUCUACCCGCCCGUGCCCUUCAUCAGCCGCGAGCUGCAGGAGCCUGUCGUGCUGAGCAACUACACGAUCCCGGCGGGCAUGUUCGUGCACAUCCACAUCUUCGACCUGCACCGCCGCGAGGAUUUGUUCCCAGACGCAGACAAGUUUGACCCGGACCGGUUCUUGCCGGAGAACAGUGUGGGAAGACACCCUUAUGCGUAUAUACCCUUCAGCGCCGGGCCACGGAACUGCAUUGGUCAAAAGUUCGCGAUGCUGGAACUAAAAUCGGCGGUGUCAAAGAUCCUGAGGAAGUUUGAGUUGCAUCCAGUCACGCGGCCUGAAGAUAUCGUAUUUAUGAGCGAUCUCGUUCUACGGAACACUUCUCCUGUCUAUGUUACUUUCGUUAAACGUGUCAAAUAAAUCUACUGCAAGCUA